CGGAACAUAUAACAGAGACGAGCAUUUUGAUUUCCAGUACGUACACCAGGUGUUUUCAUACCUCCUUGACGAAUACGAAUCCCCAAAGAAUCAACUGUUGCAACCACAUUUGGAAGGGUGGUAUGCGAUUAAUAUUUGGAGUAUAAUGAUCGAUAAAGCAUUCUUAAAUGUCCAAGACAUCGAACUUGUCCGUGGUGACUCAGUGAGCGUUGCUUCGGGCAACCGAAAAAAGAAGGCCGAGAAGGGAACAAAUGGACGUCGACCUGACGGCAUUUUCAAAACAAAAACAUGUCAAGGCCCACAUGAUAAGAAACAAUUGGGCGAUUCUUUGAAACUUGGAAAACUUCUGAAAGAUAUGUUCGAUCAACUAUCAAGUGUGGUCAACCAUAACGAAGCAGUGGUCAAGGAAAUAGAGGUCGUCGGUUUAUUGCAUUCGCGUCUUCAAUUGCAACAAUUACUCGUGGAUUACGGAGGUGGCUCGU